AUGGCAACUGGACGCCCAAUUCUCGCCCUUCUGGCCCUGCUCUUUGUUGCAGGAGCUAUGGUUAUGAUGUUCCUCACUCUGCUUGGCGGAGCAUCCAACCACACGCCGUUGAACAACAUCUACUUUCUCCAAACGAACACUUCAAGUAUUCCGGGAGCGCCAGCUGUAUCUCGAUGGACUUUCUGGAAUAUCUGCAGUACCGUCAAUGGAAAAAGCCAAUGCGGAUCGUCUCACCCGGCAUAUCCGUUCGACCCGCCGUCUGAUGAUAACUUCGGCACCAAUGAUAACAUUCCUGCUGCGUUCAUCGGGACGAGACACUACUUCCUGAUGUCCCGGUUCAUGUUCCCCUUUAUCAUCAUUGCCUUGUUCUUCGCAACAAUGUCUCUGUUCCUCGGCCUAUUGGCCUUCUGCACACGAAUUGGAAGCUAUCUCUCGAGUCUUCUCGCCUGGCUUGCAUGGGUUUUCCAGGUGAUCACAACAUGCCUUAUGACCGCCUGCUUCGUCCAAGGUCGCGACCAUUUCAACCGCAAUGGCCAACACUCCACUCUCGGUGCAAAAGCAUUUGGCUUCAUGUGGGCUUCUGUUGCGUGUUUGACGAUCUCGACGGUCUUGUUCUGCAUGGGCGGCUCAAUUGGUCGCAAAGAGAGUGGCUAUAGUGGUCGCGAGACAAGACGACUAGGCUUCUUUGCUUCAAGGCGUUCCAGCACCAAAUCUCGCGGAAGCUUCCGAAAGAAGCGCGAGGAUUACGCUUAG